AUGCGUCCUUCGUCAUCAUAUCCAGCUUCUGCAACGACCGGACCAGUCCUCAUUCCUCGAACCCAGAUCAACCGAAGACGAACAUCGGCGGCAUCGUCCUUCCCCAAUCGAUAUCCUGGAUCCAACCUCAACCACAUCGAGGAGGUAACUGAUAUGUCUCCUGCUGACUAUCUCGCCAAGUCGAUAGAUGAUUAUCAACCACCCGUCAUCUCUUUUGCACCUCCUGUAGUGGGACGUGGUGAGUUUAGUACCGCCCACCCAUCUCAACUCACAUCACCCUAUGCUUCAGCGUUAGAGUCGCCAGGGAGCUAUAGCUCUCCUGCCACUGCCACUAGCGACUCGAGUCUGACCGCUCCAUCGACAAUCUUGUCGGAGCCAAUGACUCGAAGUGACACAAAUGAUGUUCUGUGUGAUGGAUUUGAUUUAUUUCACAUGGAUUCGCUCGCGAAGCCCAUGACGAAAUCCAUUUAUCCUGACAUGCUUGAGUCGAACCUUUCGAACUCACACGAUAUCGACCAUGCAUUGUUCUUUCCUAUUUCUCGUAUGAUACCUGAAUCUGGGUAUCAUACUACUUUUUCUCAAUUGUCAUCUGAUGAUGAACUUCAUUCAUCAUCCGCAUCAUCUCCUUCUAGUUUUGCGAUGAAGGUUACUACUUCUCAAAGUAGUAACGUUUCAUCUGUUUCUGUUUCUAGUCAGUCUCAUCACUUGUCCGCGCAACCCCUUCUCCGAGAGGUAGUGUCGCGUCAGAGUAAUCCAAUUUCACGGCCCUUGAAGCCCAAGGUAGAGAGUUGCAACAACAACAACGCCUCAUACCCGGGUGGAGAGUUGCCGCAGCCUAAAAUGGUACUCGUGAAAGGCGAAGACGGUACAGUCAAGCACAAGGCAGAGAUCACUCGCACGACUCGACAACAGCCUCCUCGUAAGACAACCUUCUGUCAUUUCUGUACUGAACAACCUCAAGGCUUUCAUGGUGAGCAUGAACUCCGCCGCCACAUUGAACGACACCACUCGACGUGCCGCAAAGUCUGGAUCUGCAAAGAGGCCGACCCGACCGGCAACUUCCUUGCCGGCUGCAAGGCCUGCCGCAACGGCAAGACAUACGGCGCCAACUACAACGCAGCAGCCCAUCUCCGCCGAGCACACUUCAAUCCAUGUAAGAACCGACGCGGUGGCCGUGGCAAGAAGAGCGAAAACCGUGGCGGCAUGGGCGGCGGCAACUGGCCCUCGAUGGAGGCCCUCAAGCACUGGAUGUACGAACAGUACGAGGUCAACGUCAAGGGCAAAACCAUCAUCCAGGAUGUCUUGACAGAUAACGUCUACACCGCCGCCGACAUGAAUGAACUCUUGAGCUGCAACCCCAACUUGAACGGUCCUCAUCAACAGCAGCAGCAGCAGCAGACUCAUCAGGAUUUCGCCCUCGACCAUCACAACAUGGACCAGCUGGUUGCAACACAGUACGACAUACCCGUGAUGCACGAUCCAUCCUUCUAUGGCCAUGCGAUGGGCCCCGACUUUACUGCCCGGCCAAUGGCUCCUCAUGUCAUGUACGACAUGAAUGCCUACCCCGUCGCUCUUGAAGAACCUCCCUUUGCCUAUUGA